GCUGAAAAGCUGAACACUAUAUUAAAAGCUGCCGGUGUCGAAGUUGAACCUUAUUGGCCAACUUUGUUUGCAAAAGCUUUGGAAGGUGUGGAUUUGAAACAACUCAUCACAAAUGUUGGUUCAGGAGUCGGAGCUGUAGGUGCCGCAGGGGGUGCUGGUGCUGCUGCAGCAGGAGGAGAAGCUGCUGCUGCAAAAGAAGAGCCAAAGAAAGAAGAGAAGAAAGAAGAAAGUGAAGAAUCUGAUGAAGAUAUGGGUUUUGGUUUAUUUGAUUGAGUUCCCAGUUAUUUUUGUUAUUCUGAAAGAACUUCAGCCUCUAUUCAAUAAAAGAAGACUGUUUAGAAAAGACAAUCUAUACCAACAUUUUGUUGAUGCACUUUUAAUUCUGGUGCUUUUGUAUUUAGGUUGAUUUUUUUAAUAUUGAAUACAUUUUGUGCAGUAUUCAUGUUAAAAAGCAAUAACUUUAUUUGAAAUGUUCCAGUAUUAUUUUGAGGCUUUAAGGUUUCCCUCUAUGAAACAAAAUUUUCUUUUUGUUAUGCAACUAUUGUAAAAUACUUUGUUGUAUUUAAUCGUCAUCAUACUGACAUCUUCAUGGUGUGUAAUUUUUGAACUGUCAAUAAAUUUUUUGACAAAUGA